ACUCAAACAAAAAAGGAAAAGAACAUCUGCAGAAAUUUUAUAGAAUUGCAAGAAGGGAAAUAGAAGUAAAAAGAGAGUGAAAAUGCAGAACAUGAAAGAAAAAGCCUCUAAUGUGGCAGCUUCGGCUAAAUCUGGCAUGGACAAGACCAAAGCCGUUGUACAAGAAAAGGUGGAAAGGAUGACAGCACAUGAUCCAACACAGAAAGAGAUGGCAACAGAGAAGAAACAAGAAAGGAUCUAUGAAGCAGAGAUGAAGAAACAGGUAACUCAGGACCGCAAUGCAGCACUUAACCAUGGUUCAGGCACGGGCACGGGUAGGCCACAUUAUUCGAACACCACCACAGGGUCCACCGGACACUCAACGGGGCUACAUCAGAUGUCAGCAUUGCCGGGACACGGCACUGGUGAGCCAACAGGUCAGGUGACUGAGGGGGUGGUUCAAUCUCACCCUAUUGGAACAGCCACUGGGACUCAAAGGGCUUCUGCUGCUCAUAACACCCAUGUAGGUGGUGGAGUUAACCAGGGCUACGGCACUGGUGGUAACUAUAGUUAGGUAAGGGUGGAGCCACAAUAAAAAUUAUGGGUUCGACAAGAUUCAGUAGCUUUGACACACAUCAUUUGCAAUGAAUAAAAAAAGAUUUGUUAUUCAGAAUCCAGAAAUAUAAAAUCCUGAAUUCGACUCUAUAGUUAGGAUAUUAGAUUGAGCUAGAAUUUAUUGGCUUUUGAUGCCUUUGUUAUUAUCUUUAAGACGGUGCAUUUAGGUGCUUCAUGUCUGUUUUUGGGAGGGUUUAAUCUCCCCCCGUUCUU